AUGGAUCAUGGUGAGGGGAAGCCUAUAGGACAUUAUAAGGUCAACCUCUUAAACGGGUGGUGUAACUGCAGAAAGUUUCAAGCAUAUCAUGUCUCUUGCUCACAUGUUAUUGCUGCAUGUUCUAAUAUGCGCCACGACGCUUACGCUCUUUUGUCCGACGUUUAUAGGGUUACAAACCUGUUUGGGGUUUACAGCACAAACUUUUCAGUGCUGCCUAAUGAUGAAUAUUAG